CCCAUCGCAGUGCCAUCACUAGAGGUCACUCUUGGAAUUGGGCAAUAAUUUGUUUACCUUUCGCCAGUUUAAGCUUUCCGGUGGUUUUUGGAGCGGUAAAGUGACUGAGGAGCCGCGGCGUGAAUUGUGCGAAGGAUCGAGGGACGCCAGUUGAUUUGCCGAAGUUUGCCGAACUUUGAGUGUGCGUGUGUGCCUGGAGCCUUAGAAAAGAAAGUCAGUUGACGGUAAAACGGCGAAGGACAACGACAGCAAAUGUGGUGGGCCAAGAAGGGGUGAGGACAAUAAACGCGGCAACAAACGGAGGGUGAACGAAAGGAUCCAAUCGAACGACAACUUACAUCGAAACUUUCUAACGGGCGGGCGAUAGAAGCCCCACAUUCAACAAAUUCCCCAUGCUGGCCAUGUAGUACAGUGAACUACCAGUAACAGCAACAACUAAAACGAACUACAACACCGAGGUGCCCUUAGACAAUCUAUUCGUACAACAAAUUGAAACGCUUGAAUGAACAUCUUGAGUGGUCCAGGGGCGCGAAGAAGGAUAAAGCGGAUGCACAGUGAAAAAAAUCAGCUUAACAUCAAAUGUUUUAUUAACUUGAUAACUGCCGAUUUUUUGAACUGACAAUAAAACUAAGCGCAAACGUAACAACAACAAGGAACCAAAAACCAAAUCAACCAAAAACAAGGUAUUUAAUCAGAGGAGAAAGCAAAAAAUAAAACAAAUCACGAAAAAAUGGGUCGCAAAGUGACGGUGGCGGUGUCCACAUUGAACCAAUGGGCCCUGGACUUCGAGGGGAAUAUGGCCAGGAUACUGCAGUCCAUCCUGGAGGCCAAGGACAUGGGCGCCAGCUAUCGAACAGGACCUGAACUGGAGGUUUGUGGCUACAGCUGCGAGGACCAUUUCCGGGAGCCGGACACCUUCCUGCACUCGUGGGAGGUGCUGCUGGAGGUGAUGAUGUCGCCCAUCUGUGAGAACAUGCUGGUGGACGUGGGCAUGCCGGUGAUGCAUCGCAACGUGGCCUACAACUGCCGGGUGGCGUUCUUCAACCGCCAGCUGCUGCUCAUCCGGCCCAAGAUGGCCAUGUGCGACGAUGGCAACUACAGGGAGUCGCGCUGGUUCACCGCCUGGACGAAGUCGCUGCAGACGGAGGAGUACGUGCUGCCGCGGAUGAUUGCCCAGCACACGGGCCAGCAGACGGUGCCGUUUGGCGAUGCGGUGAUUGCCACCAGGGACACCUGUUUGGGCUACGAGAUCUGCGAGGAGCUGUGGAAUGUGCGCAGCAAGCACAUCGACAUGUCGCUGGCCGGCGUGGAACUGAUCGUCAACAGUUCCGGCAGCUACAUGGAGCUGAGGAAGGCGCACAUAACCACCGAUCUGGUGCGGAAUGCCAGCUUCAAGGCCGGCGGCGCCUAUCUGUUUAGCAAUCUUCGCGGCUGCGAUGGCCAGCGGGUGUACUUCAAUGGCUGCUCGGCCAUAGCCCUGAAUGGUGAACUCCUGGCCCGGGGUCAACAGUUUGCCCUGCAGGAUGUGGAGGUCACGCUGGCCACCAUCGAUCUGGAGGAGAUUCGUGCCUAUCGCGUCAGCCUGAGAUCACGCUGCACGGCGGCUGCGGGAGCAGCGGAUUAUCCCCGGAUUCACUGUGACUUCGAGAUGUCCACGCACAGUGACAUCUUCAAGACGUCGACGCCGCCGCUCAAUUGGCCCAAUCACACGCCCGAGGAGGAGAUUGCCUUGGGGCCAGCCUGCUGGCUCUGGGACUAUCUAAGGCGAUCCGGUCAGGGUGGCUUCUUUCUGCCCCUGAGCGGCGGCGUGGACUCCAGCAGCUCCGCCACCAUAGUGCACUCCAUGUGCCGGCUGAUUGUGCAGGCUGUGCAACUGGGCGAUGCCCAGGUCCUGCAUGACAUACGCAAAAUCCUGGCCGACACCGACUAUACGCCGGAUAAUGCCGCCGGAUUGUGCAAUCGACUGCUGGUCACCUGCUUCAUGGGCAGCGUGAAUAGCAGCAAGGAGACGAGACGCAGGGCCGCCCAAUUGGCCAACCAACUGGGCAGCUACCACAUCGAGAUCAGCAUCGAUUUGGCCGUGAAUGCCCUGCUGGGCAUAUUCAAUGCCGUCACGGGUCUAACGCCCCGAUUCCGGAUGCAGGGCGGCUGUGCCCGCCAGAACCUGGCGCUGCAGAACAUCCAGUCGAGGAUUCGCAUGGUCCUGGCCUACAUCUUUGCCCAGCUGAUGCUGUGGGUGAGGAAUCGGCCGGGCGGACUGCUCGUCCUCGGCUCCGCCAAUGUGGAUGAGUCGCUGCGCGGCUAUCUGACCAAGUACGACUGCUCCUCGGCGGACAUCAAUCCGAUUGGUGGGAUCUCCAAAAUGGAUCUGCGACGAUUUCUGAUCUACGCCAAGGAUAAGUUCAACCUGCCCGUGCUGGAGUCGAUUAUCGAGGCGCCGCCCACCGCCGAGCUGGAGCCGCUGCAGGAGAACGGGGAGCUGCAGCAGACGGACGAGCAGGACAUGGGCAUGUCGUAUGCGGAGCUGUCCGAGUACGGGCGAUUGCGCAAGCAGUCCUUCUGCGGACCGUACAGCAUGUUCUGCCGCUUGGUGGCCACCUGGAAGGGCGAUCUCAGUCCCAAGGAGGUGGCCGACAAGGUGAAGCACUUCUUCCGCUGCUAUGCCAUCAAUCGGCACAAGAUGACCGUGCUGACGCCAUCGGUGCAUAUGGAGAGCUACAGUCCGGAUGACAAUCGGUUCGAUCAUCGCCCCUUUUUGUACCGGCCCAACUGGAGCUGGCAGUUCAAGGCCAUCGACGACGAGGUGGACAAGCUGCAGCCCAUCUACACGCCCUCAUCGGCGCAACUGCGUCCCAGCAGCGAGGACCUAUUGAUGUCCACCCAGCGAUCAUCGCAUCUGGACGACUCCAAGCACUCGUCGCCAUUGUCCUCGGCCUCGGCGUCCGCAUCGAUUGACGUGGGCAUUUCCACGGCUGCCGUUCCACUACCAGGUGCCGCCGCUCCAGGCGGCCUCUCCAAGAAGCCCAGCGGCUACUCUAAGGUGCAUGUCAAUGUGCUCGGCAAGAUCAAGGAUCGCACGGGCAUUCCCGUGUAGGAACGACAUACUCGCAAAGCACUGGAAUUAUACAAAA